AUUGUCAUGAAACUAACAGUUAAUUAGUCUCUUUUGAUUAUUAGUAAGAAAGCAAUAUUUUUUUCAAAAUUUCUUGUCAAUUUAAAAAUGCCUCCAGCAGGGGUUAUAUCUUACGAUGUAACGUCUUUACAAGGAGCGCUUGCGAAUGCUUUUCUUAUCCUUAUAAAUUCGUUAUUUUUUAAUGUGAAAUUUAUCGGUCAUGUCAGUCAGUAUCCUGAAGAUAGUGCAUCGAAAAUCUUAAAUGAGGAUGAAAAUGUCUUCGAUUUUGUUAUUAUUGGAGCAGGAGCGGCAGGAAGUGCUUUGGCUAAUAGACUUUCGGAACAAGAACAGUGGAGUGUUUUACUGAUUGAAGCCGGAGAUUAUCCUCCUCCAAGCACAGGAGUUCCAGGAUUUUUCCCUACCUUUAUGGAUUCUGGGCCAGAAACUUGGCAAUAUAUCAUUGAGAAAAAUAAAAAAAAUUGUCAAGCCUACGAGAACAAGCAGUGUAGGUUUUUUAGAGGCAGAGUAAUUGGUGGUACCAGUGCUAUAAAUAAUCUACAUUAUAUCAGAGGAAUUCAUGAAGAUGAGAAUGCCACUGAUACUAUUUAUGAAACUUUCGAAAGCUGUCCAGAAGAAGAUAGGAAAAAAGGAGACUUGCUAUGUAAAGGAGAAGUCCAUUUAGAGACGAAAUAUGUAGAAAAUACUCGUAGUUUGUUAAAUAUAUUGCAAGAGGCCUAUAGAAAAACCGAUAAUGAUAUGAGCUGUGAUAAAACUUCUAUUGGAUUUUCUCACAGUUAUUUAAUGAUAAAGAAUGGUGAGAGUUUUUGCAGAUAUCAUAUGGGACGAGCAUUCUUAACCCCUCUGAAAAAUAGAAACAAUUUUUUCCUCUUAAAAAAUGCAGUUGCUCAAGGGAUAGUGCUAAAUGAUCCAUUUGAUAAACGAGCUAAAGGUGUUAAUAUUUCAACCAACGGCCAAAAAAUAUUUAUUCAAGCAAGGAAAGAGUUGAUCUUAGCAGCAGGCGCCAUAAAUAACGCAAAACUAAUGCUUUUAAGUGGAAUCGGGCCAAGAGAGUAUUUACAAAAAAGAAAGAUUCCAGUAUCAUUGCAUAUGCCAGGCGUUGGUAAAAACUUAAAAUUUCAGAUUGGAGUUCCCAUAUUUAUCACGUUUAAUAAAAGCCGUCUAUAUUCGGAGCACACUGAAAUUGAUUCGAUUCAAGAUACUUUUGAUUAUGUCAUGUUUCGUACAGGAAAUUUUUCUCAUAUAGGAAUUCAUGAUUUCGUUACUCAUUUAUCUACUGAAAAACAAUCAAAUGUAGCAAAUGUGGCUGUAUACCAUAAUUAUUUUAAAGCAAAAGAAAGAAUGCUCAAUACAUGGCUGGACGGUUGGCAUCUUAAUCUAAAAAUAACACAAAAGAUUUUAAAAGCUAAUGAUGAACAAGUCAUACUCAUGCUUGUGCCAACGCUUUUACGUCCAUUAUCAUCUGGAGAAAUUUUACUAAAUGAAACCUUACAUGAGGGCAUCCCUAGGAUCAUCGGAAACUUUUUUACAGAUCCUGAUGGUGAAGAUCUGCUUCAUUUAAUUAAUGCUUUUACCAAGGUGACUAAGCUAUUGGAUACUCCUCCAUUUCAGGAAUUGGGAGCAGAUAUUUUAGACAUUGGCCUUCCAGAAUGUAGAAAUUAUAAAUUCUGCUCCAUUCACUAUGUUAAAUGUUACAUCAUGAAUAUGGCUUCACCAAACUACAAUGUAGCAGGAUCUUUAAAAAGAGGUCCAGAAUGUGAUGAUUCAAGUGUGGUUAAAUUAGAUUAUGAAGUUCGGUAUAUCAGGUGUCUAAGGGUGGGCGAUUCUAGCAUUUUACCUGCAACGGGAUUAGGAAACACUGUUGCUACCGAUGCUUUAAUAGGGGUGAAACUGGGUGAAACAUUAAAAGAGAAAUGGAUCAAGGAUUAUGUGUCACCGUUACUAAGAAAAUAAAUUAGUUGAACACAUUGAAAAUAUUGUAUAAACAUAUUGUAUACAUAAACGUCUACUAUAUAUUAUUAGAUUAAAUUAUAUUUUUUUAGCUUUAUUCAAUUGCUUUCACUUAAAGCAAUUCAAAGCUAUGUUAUAACUUAAGUGUAGUCAUUUCAUGCGAUUUUUUCAUAAGGUUAUUUAUUUUUUCAUGGAUUUUGUAAAAAAAUAUACAAUAAAUUAUA